ACAAAGAAAUGCAGAGCAAAAUAGGUGCAGCUUUAAAUAGCUUAACCUGAUAUUCCCAACUCUGCUACCCAAAAAAUAUGAAGUUCCUUUUGGAACUAAUAGCCUGCUGUGGCUGUUCUUCUCGUUUGCCCCCAGCUGAAGACACAGGGCCUCUCGUUCCUGGCUUGGCCCAGCCCGCUAACCGUAAGAACAGAAGACGGAGGAGAGGUAGAGGUGGGCCGCCAAGUUGUGGUGGUUCGGUCGCUAAUUGGAGGCCGUCCCUUUCUGCCAUUUUGGAAGACAACGCUCUACCACCUACGAAUGUGAAGAGAAAGGUGUUAACUGCUUCGCCACCAGCCACUCAGCCCCGUCGUCGCAGUUUCGAAGACACUAGGAGAGUUCCUGUUUCAGCUUUGGCGCCAGCUUUCUCCCCAACUCCUUUCUUAUUUUAAUUGCUUCUGUAAACUCUGGGGCUAUUUUAGUUGUGACUUGUGAGCAUGUAUGCAUGUCGUGUAAAUGUUCUAUCUGAUCUUAUUUUUCUUGUUAA